UUGUGCGCGUUCUUACGUGGAGACCCAGGAGGCAUCCUCACCGUCGCCGAUGAUCUGCUCAAGAAUGACGGGCAGAAGUUCCUCGAGAUGAUGGAGCAGCUUGCGAAGCGGCGGAUGAUGCGCGAGAAGGAGGCUGCUGCUGCUGUGGGUGAGGACGAGAGUGAUGAGGAGGAGGAGGACGAAGAUGAAGAGGAUGAAGAGGAUGAAGAUGAGGAGGAAGAAGACGAGGAAGAGGAAGAGGAGGAGGAGGAGGUCAGUGUGACUUACGCUGCCUUUAAGGGUUCUGAACCUGACUGGAUGGAUCUCUAG